UCCUCAUCACCCCAGCCCCGGCCGUAUCGCACCACAAGUCUCGAUCGCUGCAUCUAGCCAGCAUGUCCAACAACUUCUUUUCCACCCAGAAAAAGGGUGAAAACUAUGAGCUCCGUAUGGAUCUCAAUAGCGAGUACCAGCACAUCCGCAAAGAGGCAGUCAAAAAGGUGAUCGCCAACAUGACCAUCGGCAAGGACGUCUCGAGCCUCUUCCCCGACGUCGUCAAGAACAUGCAGACCGACGACAUCAAGCUCAAGAAGCUGGUAUAUCUCUAUCUCAUCAACUAUGCCAAGAGCGAGCCCGAACUGGUGAUUCUUGCCGUCAACACGUUUGUCAAGGACUGCGACCACCCGACCCCGCUGAUCCGUGCACUUGCCAUUCGAACGAUGGGCUGCCUGCAAGUCGAAAAGAUCCUCGACUAUCUGAUGGAGCCUCUGAAGAAGGCCCUGCGGGACGACGACCCAUACGUCCGCAAGACCGCUGCGCUCUGCGUCGCAAAGAUCUUUGACCACUCGCCUGCAGUUGCGAUCGAAAAUGGACUCAUUACGUAUCUUCAGGAGAUGCUGACGGACAGGAAUCCGAUGGUCAUUGCCAACGUCGUGACGGCUCUGAUGGAUAUCAGCCAGUCUGCCGUGCACAAGGACGUUUUUGUGCUCAACAGCUCGGUCCUUGCCAAGCUUUUGGCUGCUCUCAACGAAUGCACCGAGUGGGGCCAGAUUGGCAUCCUGUCAUGUCUGUCGACCUACCGACCUGUCGACAACCGUGAAGCUGUCGAUGUGAUCGAGAGAGUGAUCCCUAGACUGCAGCACGUCAACGCCAGUUUGGUCUUGGCUGCUCUGAAGGUGCUCAUGGUGUUCCUCCCCUACAUCACCGAUCAAGAGCUCACAAAGACAGUGAUCAAGAAGAUGGCGCCGCCUCUCGUCACACUCGUGGCUACGGUCCCGGAAAUUCAGUAUGUCGCCCUCCGAAACAUCAACCUCAUCCUCCAAAAGCAGCCCACUGCCCUGACUCAGGAGAUCCGAGUCUUCUUCACCAAAUACGACGACCCUCCCUAUGUUAAAGCCGAGAAGCUCGAGAUCAUCAUCAAGCUCGCCUCGCCCGAUAACAUCGACCAAGUUCUCUCGGAGCUGAAAGAAUAUGCCAACGAGGUCGACGUCGGCUUUGUUCGCAAGAGUGUGUCGGCAAUCGGGCGCUGUGCCGUGAAGGUCGACGGAGCCGCCGAUCGGUGCGUCAACGUUCUUCUCGAUCUGAUCAAGACCCAGGUCAACUAUGUGGUCCAGGAGGCCAUCAUUGUGAUGCGCGAUAUUUUCCGCAAGUACCCGCACCAAUACGAAGGCAUCAUCUCUGCCCUGUGCCAGAACCUGGACGUUCUCGACGAACCCGAAGCCAAGGCCUCGUUGAUUUGGAUCAUCGGCGAAUAUGCCGAUCGCAUCGAGAAUGCCGAGGAGCUACUGGAGUAUUUCUCAGAAUCGAUCACGGCCGAGAGCUCUACGGUUCAAAUCCAGCUCAUGACGGCGUGCGUCAAGUUGUUCUUGCAGAAGCCAGGCUCGGCCCAGCAGCUUGUCCAUCAGAUCCUCCAGAACGCCACCCAAGCCAACGAGAACCCCGACAUCCGCGAUCGUGCCUACGUCUACUGGCGUCUGCUCUCGUCCAACCCGCAGAUCGCCAAGGCUGUUGUGCUCGCUGAAAAGCCCCCUAUCCAGCUGGACACCAACACGGUCAGCGAAACACUCCUGGACGAGCUGAUCUACAACAUCGGCUCCCUGGCUUCGGUUUACCAUAAGCCGACCAUUCUUUUGGGCUCUACCCAGGGUCCAAGCACUGCCGGCGCCGGUAUCGACGGCGGCUUCGAGGCCGAUGACGAGAUGCAACUUUCGUCGGAAUCCAUCAACCAAAUUAAGGCUGCCAGUGCCGGCAAUGUGGAUCUGCUCAGCUUGGACUUUGAUGCCCCUGCCGCCUCUCCUGCAGCCGGCAUAGCAUCCACGCCCCUGGGCAGCCAGCGUCCGGCUCCUGCCAAGGGCGGAAUCGACGAUCUCCUUGGGUUGAUGGAUCUUGGCCCGGAAACCGGCGCUGCACCCCCCAUGGGACCCCUAGGCUUUGGCAACCCCAUUGCUGGUCUGGGUGGACUGAACAGCCUUGUGAGUGGAGCCCAGGUUUCAAAGGACGGCUACGCCUUCCCAUACACCACGCUGCUGGCCGCCAGUGCUGCGCAGGGUUUGCAGCUGGAGGGAACGUUCUGGCGAAGAAAUUGUGUUCCCUUCCUGGGACUCAAGAUCACCAACCUGGGCUCGGUUCCCAUGUCUGAUUUUGCUAUUCAGUUCAACGUCAACAGCCUCGGAAUCACCCCGUCCGCUCCUCUGAUCGUGCCCAACCCUGUACCCCCCGGCCAGACAUUCGAGGCCUCGAUCCCGCUUUCAAAUGCUGGACAAGCUCAGCCGAUGGAUCCAUUCAACCUGAUCCAAAUCGCCAUCAAGAACAACGUUGGCGUGUUCUACUUUGCCGUGACGGUUCCUGUGCACGUUCUCUUUGUUGAAGAUCAGGGACAGGCCAGCACCAGCUUUGGCCAGGUCUGGAACGACUUUACGGCCGCUUCGUCACAGUUCCGACUGAACGGCAUCAACUUCAACCUCGCCGAGUUGACCAAUCGGCUGCAGGUCAACAACGUCCAUGUCGUUGGCACUCCGGAUCUCACUGGGACCAUCAAGACGAUUGCCAAGGUCUUCAACAACGGCGAGUUUAUCGCCGCAGAGCUGCUGGUUCAGGGCAACUCUGUCGCUGUCAAUGUCAAGUCAAAAUCAGGGGAUCUGGCCAAGUUGCUCCAGCCCUCGCUGACCGGCAUCCUCUCGUGAGGGACUGUGGCGGCUGUCUCCGAAUGACGGUGCCCUCGGUGGGCGUGCCUUGAUGGUGGUCAUCGUCUCAUGGCUCCUCAUCGCUCUGCAGCCAGAACGAAACUACUUGGAGCGUCUGGCUUCGCUGUGGAAGGCAAUGCUGUCGCUCUAUUUCUUUCGGCUUUUUUUUCUUUCGCGUUAUUCUGCCCUCGGGCCUUCGACCAUGGCGACAACUUGCCCGGUGUGCCAAAUGAUGGCAGCGAAUACAUACAGCGUUUCCAAGAAAA